UGGCGAGGCCGAGGCGCUCGGAGCUGCUAUGACCAUCACGUACAGCUGCAUUGCUAAUGGCCAGGUGAUCCUGGCCGAGCUGGCCCUGACCGGAGGCUCCUAUCAGGACGCAGUUUCAUCAGUGCUAAAACUAGUGCUUCUAAAACCUGAGAAAAAGACCACAGCCCGAAUUGGAAGCUAUGUCUACCAUACUCUCCUUGCUGACGGAAUCACUUACUUGUGCGCCACAGACAAUCUCAUGGAUGUUACUUUACCAUCUGCGUUUCUUGAUGAGGUGAGCAGAACUUGUUCUGAAAAUCCCUUGAUGUUUCAAGAAUCUUUUCCUCCUUCAAAUGCAAUUGUUGCAGAUUUUCAACAAGUGCUGGGGAGAUGCAUGAUGAAGUACAAUCAAAAUCAAGGUGAAUUUAUGAUUUCCGAUCUGAAAAGUCAAGUGACUGAUGUCAGAAAUUCAAUGUCACAGAAUGUUGGCAAAAUGCUGAAAAGAGAAGAAAAACUGAAUAUACUUAUUGACAGAACAGACAAUCUUCAAGUAGCUGUAAGUUUCUGCCUCAGCUCCUGCCAUCCAUAGCGCCGCCCAAAGGUCAUUGGCCUCUACUCGAGUGCUUUUAAGGGGAUUUCAGUGAAAGUAAAGGUAGCAGACUUUUUGUAAGCCCCUUGCAUCACUGACAAUCUCCUUUAACUCAGAACACUGAGGAUACCUCUGCAGUUGUCAGAAAAUCUAAUUUUCAGAGUCCAAAAAGAUGAGACUUAUAAAUUAGAGGGUGAUCAUUUGCAUUACAAAGGAAUUUUCACUUUAAGAUUCAUCCAUGUUCCUUUAAA